GAAGGUAACUUUUUCCCACGUAUAAAGCAAUCCGCGCCACUGCCAUUUCACCUUCUCUUUCUCUAUCUCUAUCGCCAACCAUCGAUUUGCGCAAUGUCUAAACCUUCAACACCGUCCAACUCUAAUACGCUUUUGCUUCGACGUCAACUCACCGAGCUCACUAAGCAUCCAGUCGAGGGCUUCUCAGCUGGGCUUGUCGACGAGAACAAUCUCUAUGAGUGGGAAAUCCUUGUGAUUGGACCACAUGAUACGCUCUAUGAAGGCGGAUUUUUCAAGGCUAGGCUAACUUUUCCACCGGAAUUCCCUCUCCUUCCUCCCAAGAUGAAAUUCAUCACUCCGAUGUGGCACCCUAAUAUCUAUCCCGAUGGUGUUGUCUGCGUGUCUAUUCUGCAUGCUCCUGGUGAUGAUCAAUACGGAUACGAGGAUGCUGGCGAGCGAUGGAUGCCAGUUCACACUGUCGAAUCAAUUCUCAUCAGUGUGAUCUCCCUUCUAUCUUCUGAUUCACCCAACCUGGACAGCCCUGCCAAUGUUGACGCCGCCAAGGAGGUACGAACUGACCCGACAGGAUAUAAGAAGAAGGUUCGACGCUUGGUUCGCCGGAGCGCUGAGGAGGCAUUCGAUUAAAAUUUACCUUUCUUCAAUUAGUUAUCACUUUGCAUUGCACCUGUAUUUCGACGAUCCCAGAACUGUAACAUCUUCUUAGCCAAUUUUAGCCGCGCUUCGACCGCGCUUCGUUUUAGUAAGGUCGAGGACCUCGAUGAAUUCUGGCGAAAUUGAGGUUAAGAUAAAAUUUAAAUUG